AUGCAAAAGAAGUAUGAUUGUCUCAAUCCACUUGAUCAGUAUACUGUGCUGAUAGAAGAAGAAGCAACUGAAAUAAAGCACAAGUUUUCCACUCCAAGGCGCUCGAUGGUUGAGGACACCGAUAGUGGCUUACUUGAAGAAAUAGAUCUUAUCCCUAAUGAUGAAAUGCUACUGGCAUUCAGCGAGAAGGGUUAUGUUAAAAGAAUGAGACCCGACACAUUCCAUCUCCAAAACCGUGGAACCAUUGGUAAAUCAGUUGGGAAAUUGAGAGUGAAUGACACAUUGGCCGACUUCCUUGUUUGUCGUGCCCAUGACCAUGUUCUGUAUUUUAGGUAUGUCUUGUCUGCUUCCGCUUUAAUUUGA